AAUUUUUAUAAACACUUGUAAGCAUCUCCAAAUAAUCUUGAAAGUAAACUAAUAUUGUAUUAUACUGUGCCUGUUUAACAGCAUUACUUUAACUUCAAGAAAUCUAGUGCAGGACUGUAAUCUGUAAUAUAUAUGUAAUAUCUUAAAGAGAUACUAUUUUCAACAUAAAUAUUUAUUACAAAGUCACUUAACCUAUUCCUACAUCUGUCAUAGGAGUUUUUAUUCAAUUGCUAUAUAAUUUUUAAACACACGUUGAAUAUGGCUUGUCAAGUGGCUAGUGCAAAUUGCGAAAAAAUGCAGAGUUCUAUGGACAACAAAGAUAUAGACUUAAAAAACUGCAGGAAACUUAUUAAAUCAUACAUCGAUUUGCAUUUAUAUAGCGCUGCUUUAUUUUGGGCCGAUAAAGUUGUUUCAUUAAGUAACGAAGAUCCAAAAGAUAUAUGUACUUUAGCUCAUUGUAUGUAUCUUAUGAAGCAAUAUCAUCGGGCUGCACACCUUAUUAGAAGUCGUGGACUUGAAAAGACUUAUGUAAUGUGUCAUUAUUUAGUAGUAAAAAGUCUUUAUGAAGCAAGAGAAUAUAAUGAAGCUCUUCAAGUUAUUAACGAAUCUGAAAUUUGUACAAAUAUAAAUCAAUCAGGAAUUAGUUUUAAUGAUCGUCCUGAUAUCCUUGAAGAUACUCCAAAAAAUGUGCAAAGUGCUAUACUAUAUGUAAAAGGUAAAGUUUAUCAAGCUAUGGAUAAUAGAGCAAUGGCAACAGAUUGUUACAAACAAGCUUUACAUUGUGAUGUUUAUUCAUAUCAAGCAUUUGAAUCUCUUGUACAAAAUCAAAUGCUUUCAGCAACAGAAGAAAGAGAACUUUUGGAAUCUCUUCCUUUUGGAGAACAAUGCACAGAAGCUGAAGCUGAGCUAUUACGUUUAUUAUAUGAAAGUAAACUAAAAAAAUAUCAGGAACCAUACAAAAAACAAUCAUUGGCCACUUGCAGUGUGAUGGGAGUCCCUGUUAUUGAUAGAUUGUCCGAUAAUUUAGAUUUAGAAGUGUCUGAAGCUGAAAGACUAUAUUAUAAUUGUGAUUAUCAUAAAUGUUUUUCACUUACAGAAAGAAUUUUAAACAAGGAUCCAUAUCAUACCGCAUGUCUGCCAGUACACAUUGCCUGCUUAGUUGAAUUAAAAAAAACCAAUGCAUUAUUUUAUUUGGCACACAAAUUGGUUGAUCUAUAUCCAGAUAUGGCUUUAGCAUGGUUUGCUGUAGGAUGUUAUUAUUAUAGCAUAGGUAAAAGUGAUCCAGCCAGAAGAUAUUUAGUAAAAGCUACCACAUUAAAUAGUUUAUUUGCACCAACUUGGUUAGUGUAUGGACAUUCAUUUGCAGUAGAAAAUGAACAUGAUCAAGCAAUGGCUGCUUAUUUCAACGCAUCACAAUUAAUGAAAGGUUGUCAUCUUCCACUUUUAUACAUAGGACUGGAAUGUGGAUUAACAAAUAAUCUUAAACUGGCUGACAAGUUUUUUCAACAGGCUCAAGAAAUAGCACCAAAUGAUCCAUUUGUUAUACAUGAAAUGGGAGUAAUAUCUUUCUAUAAUAUGGAUUACAAAACUGCAGAAAGGCAAUUUAAAGAAGCUAUGAGAAGAGUUCAAUGUGGACUUAAAGAUGUAAUUUUACCUAGUAAGUGGGAAGCCCUCUUGAAUAACUUAGGUCACACAUGUAGAAAAAUGAAGAAAUAUGAAGAAGCUUUAAAUUAUCACCAACAGGCAUUAGUAUUAAACCCCCUAAAUCCAUCAACAUAUUCAGCUAUGGGUUUUAUUAAUGCUUUAAUGGGAAAUAUACAAGAAGCAGUUGAUGCUUUUCAUAGAGCUUUAGGACUUAGAAGAGAUGAUACGUUUACAACUACUAUGCUAACCUAUGUUAUGGAACAACUUAUUGAUGAAGCUCCACCAUACCCUGAUGCACCUAUUGAUAUUCCAAAAUAUACGAAUCCUGAUUCUAGAGUAGAACCGGAAAUAAUAGAAUCUGCAAAAACUUCUAGUAGCACAGUUAAUUCACAGGAUCAAGACAUUGGCAAAUUAAGAGUAAAUUUAUUUUCUGGAUGGGGUGAAGAUUCUAGUAAAGUAGAAACGAAUACAUCUAAUAGAAUUACAGACUCCAGAGAUGCUGUUGUAAACUAUUCAACCGGUGAUAUGAGUUCUGAAGUUGAAAUGUUAGAUUCAUCAACAGCUCAUAUAGAAUAUAAUUAAAUAUCUGUGGUAUAUGUCUUAUAAAGUAAAUAAAUUUAUUAUGUAAUAAA